CGAAGUACUAAGUGAUUCAAACAAUAGAAGUGAUGUUUUAAAAAGGUUACUCAUCAUAUUUAACAUUCAAUAUUCUUGUCGAAAAAAUUAUGAGGCUAUAUUUGCCUAAAUUAUAUCUUAUAUUUAUAACAAAUACUAUUAUCCUAUCUGGUGUAAUACGCAAUGAAAUUCACAGUAAAUCCACAGAGUAUGGUGAACAUUAUAUUCAUCCGAACGAUCUGUUAUAUCCUACACUUUAUGAAAAUAUUGAAGAUGAUUUAACAUUCAAUGAAAUAAAUGAUGACAAUGAUAAUAGUAAUAAUGAGGAUCAUAUAACUUUCAAAAAUCAUCAACAUAUUAAUGAUCGAUUAUUUCAACCGACUAAAGAUCAUAGACAAUGGUUAAAUACUGAAAAUAUACAACAUAAUCAACGUGAUGAAAAUCAACAUGAACAUCAAGAAAGAAUAAUUUCAAAUAAUCUCAUUAAGAAAAUUACAGAGAAUUUAUUGAAACAAUCAACAAUGCAACAGAAUAUCCCUACUUCACCAUUAUCAUCAACAUCAUCAUCAUUAUCAUCAUCUGCAGAAUCAACAGCAUCAUUAUUACCAACAUCAUCUAUAUUUCAUUCAUCAUCUAGAUCAGUAUUACCUAAUGUAUGGUCUAAGAAUUCAUUACAUAGACCAUAUCGAUUGAAACGUGAUGAUCUUGGCUGGAAACGAAGUAUUCAUUAUAAUGUGUGAAUCAGUGACAGAAUUAUUAAAUAACAAUGAACAUAAUGUCAUGAACAAUUAAUUAAUUAACAUACUACUAAAUAUAUUUAAAAGUUAAUUAAUUAAUUAAACAGGGGGUUAUCUUAUUUUUGGACAGGAUAUAUACAUAUAUACACUAUAUCUAUAAUAAAAUUUAAAGUAAUAUAUAUAA